AUGUUCCAUCAAGAUCUUGACUUGACCAGUAGAAACGGACAUGAUUUUACUUCAGCAAAUAGAGAAUAUUUCGACAAGGUGGCGGAUAAGUAUGAUGACCCUCCUCAGUCUCUUAAGCCCGCUCAGAGACUAGCCCAGUCAAUUCAAAGAGCGUACCCGUUUAAUGAAGAAUCGACAACGUUGCUGGAUUUCGCUUGCGGCACAGGUCUGAUGUCCAGGCAACUUGCACCACAUUGCAAAAGCAUCCUGGGCAUCGAUAUAAGUCAAGGCAUGGUCGACAAGUACAACACCCGUGUCCACAACCAAGGAAUACCUCCAGAGGACAUGAGAGCACUCUGUAUCGAUCUUAAAGGAGAAGAAGGCGAGCUUGACGGAUCAAAAUUUGACGUCGUCCUGUGUGCCAUGGCGUACCACCAUCUGCCUUUCCCCCAGGAAACGACCAAGCGUCUGACUUUUUUCGUAAAGCCCGGCGGAACUCUUCUGGUCACGGAUUACCAGGCUGAAAAUGACGACGCGGCCUUUCCUAAUGCACAUGCUGAUAUCGUCCCCCAUAAAACUGGUUUCAAGGAAGAGCAAAUGAAAGAGAUGUUCGACAGAGCCGGGCUGGACGCGUUUUCACUCGAAAAAAUCAUUUCGGCCAAGAUGCAUGGGCAUGGUGUAAAAAUAUUCCUCGCGAAAGGAGAGAAACCUUCGUUGUCUAUGUGA